GGACCUCUGUCCAGUUUUACAGUUGCUGCUUCGUCUUCCUUGAUCGAUCAUGACUCAGCGGUUCGAGUCUCCAAGCAAGCGGUUCUCGGUGUUCGACUUCGACGAAGACGACGUCGUCGAGAUUGAGUCCGCCAAAUCGAAUGCCAAAUUUCGAAAGCCCAGGGCUUCCAUUCCUUCCAACAACAAGAAGAAGAAGAAGAAGAAGAAGAAGAGCCCCAUUACCAAGUACACGUUUCUCCAAUGCUUUUCUAAAGGAGCAAAGACUCCACUCAAGGAAAUUAGCAAUGUCACAAUAGAGGUCGAUGCUUUGGGCUCUUCAAAUCAUCAAAAUAAGCAAGUACAUAAAAUUCCAGAUGAUGAGGAUGGGCUUCACAUGUGCUCUUCGACAACCUUGAUAUCCAGUCCUUCAAAGAAUGAAGCUACGUUAGAAGAACAAGCAUCAGAGCCAGGUUCUUGCGGAUAUGACAAUGUUGAAACUGCUUUAAGAAAUCUUCGUCUUGAAUCAAAGAAUUCUAGAAGAGCUGGAAAGAGAAACAAAAAAUCAGGUUUGAAACAGUUGAGGAGUGCAGUUUAUGACCCUCAUUGGUCCAAAAGACAGGAAGAAAAUAAAUCAUUAGAUAGCAGAUACGGUGAUACAUGGAACUUUAAUUUUGAUUCUGAUAAGCCUUUUGAAGACGUUAUCUAUCCAAAAGGGGAUCCUGAUGCAGUUACUAUAAGUAAGAGAGAUCUUGAACUUCUUGAGCCAGAGACAUUCAUUAAUGACACCAUAAUUGACUUCUAUAUUCUAUACUUGAAAAGCAACAUUCAACCUGAGGAAAAGCAUAGGUUUCACUUCUUCAAUAGUUUCUUCUUUCGGAAACUUGCUGAUCUGGAGAAAGACCCAUCAAGUUCCUGUGAACGCAAGGCAGCUUUUCAGCGUGUUCGGAAAUGGACUAGGAAAGUGAAUCUGUUUGAAAAGGAUUACAUCUUCAUUCCUGUAAACCACAGGCUCCACUGGAGUUUGAUUGUCAUUUGUCAUCCCGGUGAAGUGGCUAAUUGUGAAGACGAGAGAAUUGAAAGCUUACCCAGGGUGCCAUGCAUCUUGCAUAUGGAUUCAAUUAAAGGAAGCCACAGAGACCUGAAAAAUCUUGUUCAAAGAUACCUAUGUGAAGAGUGGAAAGAGAGGCAUGGUGACACAGCAGAAGGUGAUUCUUUGAGAUUUUUACAAUUGAGAUUUCUUGAACUGGAGCUACCACAGCAGGAAAAUUUAUCUGAUUGUGGACUCUUUUUGCUUCAUUAUGUGGAGCGUUUUCUGGCAGAAGCUCCUGUUAACUUUAGCCCUUUUAAGAUCACAGAGCUCUCCAACUUUCUAAAGAAAAAGUGGUUCCCUCCUGCUGAGGCUUCUCUUAAACGCCAUCAGAUUAAGAAGUUGCUAUACGAUAUCCUCGAUCAAUCUCGGGAAGCUGUUAUAGCCGAUUGUAUUAAUUUAGAUGAAUCCCCUCAAGUACUCAAAAAUCCAGACAAUGAAGAACCUGGCAUAAAGCAUUUUUACGAAAUGUCCAAUUCAACACAAAAAAUUCAUGGGAAUUGUUAUAGUUCUGAUGCACAUGGGAUCAGAAUUACAUCGCCAGGAGCUUAUUCUUCUCCUAGUCAUGUAUGCUGCUCUAGAGAAAGGGGACGUGUUGCUGAUAAGAAUUAUCUGCCGUUGACUGCCAAUAAUAUGACGAGUUUUAUGUCACCAAUACAGGAAGUUGGAGAUACUGAGGAAAUGACUGAUUCGCCGGUCGACAUUGAAGCUUGUCCGAAAGACACUGCAUUACCUUCUGAUAUACUACCCAGGGAUGCAUCUCAGAACCAUGGGUUCUCAAAGAACAUUGGAGAUAAUGCUGAUGUGAACUCAAUUUCUGAUACAUCUAGUAGUGGAUCAGAGAUUUUUUCAGUGGUAGGGAUAGAUGAAGAUGAAGAUGACUCACUUGUGGAAGCUGAGGCGUUUAACUGUCCAAGGAAAACAGAGAAAUCUGAAUCGUCUUCAAGUGGGGAUCUCACUGCUUGUGUUGUACAGGAUUCUGAAGAGGAAAGUGACAUGCAUGGCACUGAGGUUAAAUGUAUCUCAUCCUCUCCAGCAAACCAACAAUUCUUCCAUCAACAAGCUGACUCUACUGGAAACAAUAAUCAUAAAGAGAUUAAUAUGCUAUCGAGUAGUGAGGAUCAAGCAUCCGAAUCAGAUGAGCGGCAGACUCCAAAAAGACCAAGGCUCACAUAUCCUGUAGGUCGAAGAAGGCAUACAAGAAGCCUCAUGAGAGCGUUGCAUUUGUGAUCGUCAUGCAGUUACUUGUGUUUAAGAAUAAGUGCUGCGCAAGGAAACAUUAUGAAGGGCAAUAAGUAUUAUUUCCCUGUAUAUAAAUGUGGGAGGUUUUGUUAUUAUAUGAACUGCGUGUGGGAUUUUGUUAUAUAUGUAUAUAGAUAGAGAGGGCCCCUUGUAUUAAGGGUUCUGUUUUUCGAUAUGUUCCUUUAUAAUUCAUUUAUUUAGAACCUCAUUCUCAAUUAA